AGUUACACUUGGAUCUUGUCGUACGUUGGCCGGGGCUUGAGUCAGCAUCCAGGCACUCAACAACCGACUUCGUUAUCGAUAGUGAAAAAGUGCAACAACUUUAAAAAUAACAAUAUUACUAUUUUUGUUUAAAGCGUUUUUAAACAUAAAAAUAAUUUUUCUUUUUCUAUAAAACUUAUUCAUUGGUGUUCGCGAUGGAUCAACAAACCACCGUUUCAAUAGAAUUGAAUUCAACAAAAAUCAAAAUCAAAGAUGUCGACAUAAACUACGUUAAAAUUGGAAACGGACCGCAGAAAUUGUUGAUAUUUCAAGGAGCACUAGGUCAAAUUAGUGACUUUCAACUACUAACGAAAAAUCUUGACCCAAACAAGUACACGAUUUAUUUAUGGGAUCCUCCAGGUUACGGAUUGAGUCGACCACCUGUUAGGGACUUUUCACCGGGAUUUUUAAACCGUGACGCGGAUUAUGCUAUAGCGCUUAUGGAGGCGUUAGGUGUGGACAAGUAUUCGAUGUUGGGCUGGUGCAACGGUGGGUCUACUGCGAUAAUCGCAGCGUCAAAAGUCGCUGAUCGAGUGGACAAACUGGUGGUGUGGAGUUGCGGCGCGUACGUCACUGGCAAAGGACUCGCGGCCCUAGAGAGUUCACGCGACGUUCAUAAGUGGCCUAACUCACGGCGAAUACCACGUUUCAAAAUGUACGGUGAAAAGUACUUAUCGGAUAAAUGGUCUGAGUUGUUAGACGCGUUCCAGGCGAUUCUCCACGACGAUGGCGGUGAUGUGUGUAUUGGUGCGCUGGCACAGAUCAAAGCACCCACCCUCAUUCUUCACGGAACUUGGGACGAAAUAGUGCCGAUCGAUCAUGCCGUUUUUCUACACAAAAAUAUUAAGAACUCUACACUUGAAAUAUUUCCAGAUGGCGAGCAUGGCAUACACAUGACAUUUCCAGAAAAAUUCAAUUCGUUGGUUAAUAACUUUCUUACAAUCAAAUAGUAUAUAAUAUAUUUAUAAUAAGAUGUAAUUCCGUUAUUACUGAUUACUUAAAAAAUGUGUAUCAAUAAUUGGUUACAUAAUAAUAUUUAAUUUUUUUUUUU